AUGAGCGUUCAGAACAAAACGUCGCCACACAGCGACUCCGCUUGCAGUGUGUUGCCACCCCAAGUUCAUCUGAUUUCCCGUUCGGAGGUAAUAUUUAUACGCCUGUGGGAGAGUUGGAGAGCGACCGACCGCUGCCUCAGUCUCCCUCAAGGGUUGCCAGGACAAAACAUAAUCUUCUGUGGUCGGUGCGACUUGGGGCCGGCCUCCUGCUGGAUCCGUGGCGGUCGCACCAACGAAGCGGAGAGCGGUUCUUGCGACUCUGCAGGGAGGGACCUUCGAUUUCCAAGCAAGGCUAUGGCUGGGCAGCUCACCUGUACCCUCCACACUGACGGUCGUUGCGUUUUCCUCCUCGUCGCCGCCGUCGCCUUCGUCGUCCUCGUCCUCGUCCUCGUCCUCGUCCUCCAAAAGCCCAGACGCUCUGCUCCUUCCGUGAGCAACAGACGGUGGAUGUGGCUGCCUAGAUUUUCGUUUUUAGAAUUAUUAAAUGCAGCAGUAACAUUAGUACCUAGAACUGGCGGAAGAACCAUUUCGAUGAUGAACGGUAGUUCCAAGGAUAACAGUAGACAGGUCAGUUAUCUUGACUUUGGCUGGUGUUCUGCGGAUGGAGUAGUUCUGGAGGCCUGCUUCACCUAUUAG